AUGGCACCACCUCCUGCAAAUUCAUCCCAGCCGCUGCAGGCACGAUUGUUGGCCCUCGCCCAGACCCUCCAGUUCGGUUGGUUCGUCGGCCAUGUCACUCUCCUCUUCGCUGCUCUACGCUACGGUUUGAGCUAUAUCACCUUCAACUACUACAGCCGCUGGGCACAGUUCAGCUACCGUACCGCCUUCGUGGCCGCAGCUGCUACCUAUGGCAUUGUCGUGUUCAAGGCGCUCCGUGCCAAGCAAAAGAGUGGACGUCCCAUUGGUUCUCCGGCUCAGAUCAUCACGGAUGAGAAUGUGCAAUACUUGAUCAUGGCCCUCGUAUGGCUCUUCACCAAACAGGUUGCCCUUGCUAUCCUGCCAUACGCAGUCUACAGCAUCUUCCACGUUCUGACCUACACCCGCGGCAUGCUGCUACCGACUCUCCAGCCUCCUCCACCAACCCCAGCAGGUCAGAAGCCACAAGCAUCAGCCCUCUCCGACACGAUCGGCCGCUUCGUCAAGGACUACUAUGACGCCUCCAUGUCUCUCGUGGCUGGUCUCGAAAUCGGCCUCUGGUUCCGCAUUCUCUUCUCCGCUAUCCUCUUCCAGAAGACCAGCUGGAUCGUCCUGAUUGUCUACACCGUCUUCCUCCGCGCCAGGAUCAGCCAGAGCACCUUCGUGCAGGGUAUGCUUCACCAUCUCGGUGCUCGCGGCGAUGCCGUCGCGCAGAGGCAAGAUGUGCCACCGGCUGUGCGCUCCGGCUGGGAGACCUUCAAGGGCGUCGCCAAGCAGGCACACGACCGGACUGACAUCAACAAGUAUGUUGGUGGCCAGCAGGCUGCUCCCAAGAAGGCGCAGUAG